CUGGCACUGCAAAGUGCUUUCCAUUCCUUCCUCUAACUCAUUUAAACUGUCAUAUAUUCUCUUUCGAUUAUAUCUCCUGUCUAUCGAAUCACAGAGACCGUCAACAUGCGGCCUCACUCUUCGGUCCUGGCCUCUUUGGCCAGUGUUUUCCGAAUCCCUAUGACCAGACCAACAAUUACCUCGACCACAUCUGCCCUGGCAGAGGCGUCGCAGCAACACUCGUCGUUUUCAACUACACCCUCGCUCGCCAAGCGAAAGUCCGCAUACAGGCCAGACAAGCGCGUUACCUUGAUUAGAUACUUCCUCAACCACCCACUUACCCCCCGCCCCCUUCGCUUCUCUCGAAACAGAUACCUGCGUCACUGGACCAUCCAUCGCGCAUGGAACCUAUUCCAGAGCCAAACGCGCACCGCACACGAACACGAGCUUCAGCGGCAACAGCAAGCCAUGUCCGCGGCCUGCGAGGAGCUGCGGACGGGAUGUGGUGAGCAGGGUUCGAAGCUAUUCCGUGUGUCGAUGAAUAAGAGGGGUGUGUUUACGGAUUUGUUUCCGCUUGAAUAUUCGAGAUUGCAGACGGAGAGUCCGCCUAGGGAUGGCUGGAAUCAUGACUGGAAGAAGUUUUGAAUGGGUUGAAGAUACAUAUGUAUUGGGGAGGUGAUUAUUUACCGAUGGCCUUUUGUUGAUAUCAUUAUGUGUACAAUACAACUGAUUUCUUAU